UGGGGCAACCGGUUCAAUCUCUCGCGUGGAAGACAAGAUGGCGGUCGGCAAUGAAAACGAAGUCAGAGAUGAAGAAUUAGUCGAAGAAACGGUCGACGACCCUGAUCCAGAGGAGGAGGCCCAAGAAGAAGGAGAACAGAACGAAGAAGAAGAGGAGGAGGAAGAACCAGAGACUGAAGAUCCUAUGGAUAAGAUACGAGAAACUUGUGAAGAAUUGUCAGAGUGUGUGAAGCUGAAGGCAGAAUAUGAUACUUGCACCGAACGAGUAAACAGCAAAUCUAAAACAACAGAAACUUGUGCUCAAGAAUUAUUGGAGUUUCUACAUUGCCGAGAUCAUUGUGUCUCCAAAAGUAUAUUCAACAAGGUCAAGUAGAGAUUCUGAUAGAUUCUUAAUGCUUCCUGAUCUGCUUGUUAAUGAACAGUUCUGAUAUUUGAUGGUCAUUUUUUCAAUUUCACUUCCAUACGACUUUGAUACACAUUUGUUUUAAAAAAUCCAGACCAAAUGUAUCUGUAUUAUUUUUUCAGUGAUCAUUAGUACUAAUAGCAACAUGUACAAUGAAAGAUCAAAUGUGUAUUUUGAUCAUUCCAGUUUAUCACUUUAUGGCUUGUGAUUUGUGGAUUUUUAAUAUCAAAUAAACUAUUAAUGGUGAAUAUAA